AUGGACCAGCGGAGGUUUCCAGUCCCGCGGAGGCGUGGCCAGAGGAGGAGGGGCGGAGCCCGAGGCGGCGGGGGCGGAGCCAGAGGCGGCAGGGGGCGUGGCCGAGGCCGAGGGGCGGGGCCAGAGGAGGGCGGCCAGAGGAGGCCGGGGGCUUCAAAGGAGGCAAAAGUGACGGUGGAACCACAUCGGCACGAGGGUGUGUUCAUCUGCCGGGGCCGGGAGGACGCGCUGGUGACGCGGAAUUUGGUGCCGGGGGAGUCGGUGUACGGGGAGAAACGGAUCAGUGUGGAGGAGGGUGAUGGAUCCAUCGAGUACCGUGCAUGGAACCCGUUCCGCUCCAAGCUGGCCGCAGCCAUUCUGGGGGGCAUCGACCGCAUCCACAUCCGGCCCGGGGCGAAGGUUCUGUACCUGGGGGCGGCCUCGGGGACCACCGUGUCACACGUGUCUGACAUCGUGGGGCAGGAGGGCGUGGUCUACGCGGUGGAGUUCUCGCACCGCUCGGGGCGGGAUCUGCUCAACGUGGCCAAGAAAAGGACGAACGUGGUGCCCGUCAUCGAGGACGCCCGGCACCCCCACAAGUAUAGGAUGCUCAUAGGGAUGGUCGAUGUGAUUUUCGCCGACGUGGCCCAGCCCGACCAGACCCGAAUCGUGGCCCUGAACGCCCACCACUUCCUGCGCUGCGGGGGGCACUUCAUCAUCUCCAUCAAGGCCAACUGCAUCGACUCUACGGCGCCGGCCGAGGCGGUGUUCGCGGGGGAGGUUCGGAAGAUGACGGCGGAGAGGAUGAAACCCCAGGAGCAGCUGACGCUGGAGCCCUACGAGAGGGACCACGCCGUGGUGGUGGGGGUGUACCGGCCCCCCCCCAAGGAGAAAUGACGUCACCGGACUCCCCCGAGGGGCGUGGCCUGAGCCGAGAAAAGGGGGCGGAGCCUCAAACAAGCCCCGCCCCCCCAGUUGGA